CAAAACUGACAUUUUAUGCAUCUGUUCUUUUAUUUGAAGGUUCGUAAUGAGUUUUAUAAGGACACACAGGGUGUGAUACUGGUCUAUGAUGUUGGGCAGAGAGAUUCUUUUGAUGCCCUUGAUGCAUGGCUGGCAGAAAUGAAGCAAGAGCUUGGACCUCAUGGAAACAUGGAAAAUAUUAUAUUUGUAGUGUGUGCCAACAAGAUCGACUGUACCAAGCACCGCUAUGUGGAUGAAAGUGAAGGGCGUCUUUGGGCUGAAAGCAAAGGGUUUCUGUAUUUUGAGACUUCAGCACAAACUGGAGAAGGAAUUAAUGAGAUGUUCCAGACCUUUUAUGUAUCCAUAGUUGAUUUAUGUGAAAAUGGCGGAAAACGUCCUACCACAAAUAGCAGCACUAGUUUCACCAAAGAACAAGCAGACACCAUCCGCAGAAUUCGAAAUAGUAAAGAUAGUUGGGACAUGCUGGGAGUCAAACCUGGAGCCUCGAGGGAUGAAGUCAAUAAAGCAUAUCGGAAACUUGCUGUGCUGCUUCACCCCGACAAAUGUGUAGCACCUGGUAGUGAGGACGCCUUCAAAGCAGUUGUCAAUGCCCGGACAGCCCUCCUGAAAAACGUCAAGUAGAAAGUAGAGAAAAAGACAAGGGUGGGACUCAAGUGCAAACAGACUUCCCCAGAGGUGUGAAGUAAUGGAUUUUUCCUUCACAGAAUCUCACUCUGUUUUCACUCGUGUGUUGUCGUUUGUAACUCAGUAAUUCGGGUGCCUGUUACCAUUUGAUAGACAUUUUACAGAAAGAUGACCUGCAUUUGUAUGAAGUAGAGAGAGCCAAAUGUCUCAUACACUGUACUUUAUUUCAUAUUUCCAGAUCAUAUGAAUUUUUUUCUCAUUCAUUUGUAAGCUCUGUAAUUGUAGCAUCCCUUAGGCACUUUGCUUGGGAAAGUCCACAAGGUUUCUAGAUGGAGGGAGGACAGGAGGACCCUUUUCCUUCUUUAAAUUCAUCAUCAGAGAAGGAAGCAACAAAAAUGGAAGGAGACAAAACAGCAAAAACAGAAGAAAACAACAUCAAAAUCCCUGAAAGUUUGGUGUGACCUUACGAGCAAGUUGAUCCUUUAACAAUGAGUUCCUUAGGUGGUAUUUUAAUCAUCAUUCUUGAAUUAAUGAGUGCUGGGCAGCCCCUUGGAAGUUUGUAAAAUGAAGCUAUACAAUUUUGAAUUGAGCAGGCUUUUUAUGACAUCUACUGUGCCCCUUCUCCAACCACCAGGGGGAGAGAGAGAGGCGGUGGCAGCUGCAAAUUCUGGAUACUCUGGCUGCUGCUCUUGGAUCGAGGCCUUUGCCCUGCCGUGGAAACAGUUGCUGGUGGCAGGAGAGAGCACUGUGCACCAGGGCCUGAAGAACAGACCUGGAGAUGAUGUGCACAUCUCCAGCGGGAAGGCAAGCCCAGCUCAGGCGCGCCUGGUGCACUAGGAGAGUCCCCAUAGGAGGCUUGUCCCUCAUCUUAUUCUUCAGCCUUUGCCACGGCAGGUAGGAAAGGCAGGGGCUUCUUAACAAGCCUGGACUCUUGCUCACUUCCACACCAGUGAUAUUUCCUCUUUUGGUUCCCUUUUUCUCUUCCCCUCUUGUUUUUUUCACACCCCACAUCUGCCGUUCAUUUCUCUUCUUGAACCUCUUGUUACUGGCCACUGCCUCCUCCAUCUCCUUUGCAAGCCUGGACCUGGGCCUGGUUGACCAGGAUCCUUUGGGUGGCAGUGGGGGAAGAGCUUAAGGCCUGUGUGGGAAGGAAUCGCUGUAAUUUUCACUUAGGCUCUGAAGAGUAGUAUUUUUAAAUGGCACAUUAUGAGUGUAUUCUCUUGCCACAGGCUCCUUCUCGGUACACAGGGACGGAGGAUGAUCGGGUGCUCGGACUGGCAUCUCUCUUCCUGUGCUCACAGAACCUCACUACUCGACUCAUCCCACCAUUUCUGUCAUUAUGUUACCCUCUUUUCUGGCUGCUGCCACUACACUGCACUACUUGGGGCUUUAAAGUAUGUAAGAUGUUACUGUCCCGUGAAUUUUAAACAGCUGUCCCAUAGUGAUUGCCAAAUAGCAUCUACCUUACCACUUAAGGAGAAAAGCCACUUUCUUAUGAUCCAAGUCUAUGCAGUCUUCUGGAUUUUUCACCUCUCCCAAAGCAGAUUUACUUUGUAUGAUUAUACUGAGGUUGCACUGAGCUUGUCAUCAGGAAACCAGAGCAUUGUUUUAUAGUGAGUUUUCAUCUUGAUAUCAAAAAUGCCUUUACUUUAUGAACUGAGAUCUGAUAUAUGAUUUCUUGUGGGAUUUUCCACUGGCCUUUUAACUAGCUUCUGGGACUGCAGAACUUCAACUCGAAGUUCUUCUGGACCUAAAUUUUGUUUAAGGCCUUCAUCACUGAAACAUACAUCUGUUUUUGCCACAGACUUGUAGGAGUCAUGUGAAUGAGGGAUCGCACAUGGUAGUGUCAGCCCAAAUUGACAUGACAGCUCACUGAGUAUGUGGCCCUGUAUAAAAGCUGGUGCUGGUUAUUAAGUAGCAGAUUGGUCACCUCCUUCAAUUACAUCGUGCAGAAGAGCAAUUAUAGCAGAGAGAAUUCUUUAGCUUCCAUUCAUACCCUUACAAGUGACUUGUUAAAAUUUAGCCUGGGCUUGAUUCUUAGGUCUUGGGACUCAGUUUUCAGCGUCCUCAAGUUUUUGGGUACUAACUUCAUGCCAAACUUUAUAGACCUCUAUGCAUUAAUUUAAAUUCUUGGCGCAUGUGUGUGCUUUGUAGUUCAACCUUAUUAAAAAUUCUUCAGCCGGUUAGGAUUUCCAAAUAUAUCAGUGCGAGUAACAACUAGAUUUCAAUGGCUAAAAUAAUUAUUAUAGGAAAUUUUGUUUUUCAAAAAAAGGAUAAAAAGUUUGAACAGCUAACUAUUAUUAAAAGCCAUGUCUUUCACAUCUGAAUCACCAAGAAGUAACACUUUUUAAAUGUGUUAGAAAUCCCUGGAGGCAUUUCAAAUCAGUCGUCCAACCUACCCAGCACUUUAAAGCACAGCCUCCUUUUGUUCCUCUGUUCCCUUUCCUGCCUCCGUUUGGAUUGACAUUCUCAUCUGUCAGUGUUUCUUUUACUUCAGUAUUGUCGUUUUAUUUCUUCAUACAAAUGUGUCCUUCUUUUUAUUAGCCUGUUAAUUUAAAAGUCCUGAUGUGGGGGCCAUUUAGUUACUGUACAGAUAAGUCACUAUCGUUCUGUAGACUGCAUACAAUUCUUCAAGGCUUACAUUUACCUCAGGGAACUUACUCUAGUAUGUUCUCAUAUAUUGAAUUGUCAAUCAGUAAAUAUUUAUUUAUAUCUAUAAACUAGUACCUAAUUCACUGUUAGUUAAAUGAGCCAUAGAUAAGGCAGCUAAAUUUCUAAAAGCCAGAGUAAGCCCCUGCAAGCUCUGAAUUAGUGAAGAAGUAACCAUUCCUUAGAGAAUAAUGACAAAAUCAUGAGGGGAGGGAGAGAUUUUAAUCUCAUGUUAGAAAGGGUGGGGCUGUAAGCCAUGCCCCCAUUGCCUUUGAUGAUGUGACACUGUGACAGUGCCCUGCUUACAAGUAAUUUCAGGAGGCAUGGGAAUGUCACUUUCUGCUGCACCCCAUAGAGCUCCCUCUGAGUCUGCCAACAUUUCUGUAAAACUUUUGAAAAUGAAUUUAGCUGCAAAAUAUAGCUAACCACCUCCCAUUGCAAACUUUGCAAAGUGAACGUCAUACUUCUCAUAUUGGUAUUUAGCACAACUGUAAGACACAGUUAAUACUGUUUGUAUACUGCUUUUCCAUUAAACAUUUCUAGAGAAGACAAAAGCUUACACUUGUGAUGUUGACAAGUUAGAUUAUGUCUAACAAGUAGUGCAAUAUUAAGCCGUGCAAUAAAGGCCCUCUUGCUGGGAUGACUUUGGUUGGAAAGUUGCACAGUUUCGCUUAGCUUCCUGCAUUGAUUACUCCCUGGGCAUUCUUCCCCUUUGACUGUGAAUGCAGAGUCUAUAAAUAAGCGCUUUGCUCUUACAAGGUAAUUUACAUAUUUGCUUUCUGUUGAGAUAACUGAAAAUGUUAAAUCUACCAGUUGCUUAUGUCUUGUAUACAGAGUGUCAUAUGUAUUUAAGUUGUGUAUUUUUAUAAAGUAAAGCCAAAUAUCAAACACC